GUGACGAGAUGGACCCCAGAUCCAACAGAUGAAGCCAAAGUUGCUUGGUGGCUCAAGCGAUUCGGUCUUCCCGAAAUUUCCAGACCCGAAAUGUGGCAGAGAUGGGCAGGCUUUACCGACGAUAGACCCAUCCCUGAGGAAAGAAAGCUAUAUGAUCUCGUUUUUGAUAUCAUCAAGCGCGAGGUUCUCAAAGAGAAAAAGUGCUCGUUCAAAGAAAAAGGUGUUUGUGAUUGCCCAAACUGUUCUUGGUGA